AUGUCAAGACCGGCCCUCUCGAGGCGCAUACCCGUAGUUGGACUUCUGGCUCUUGCGACUGCUCAGGUUUCAGCACUGGACCAACCAUACAAUCCAACACAUAUCGUCAUACCCGAACAGAACGACGAGGAUGAUCAGACAGUGUCCUACGCAUAUAUUCUACAACCUAACGCCAAUGGGCAGGCCAGCUUACUUUCGCUCGAUCUUACCAAUUCGCUCGAGGCUUCAAAACUCUCCUUAACAACCCUCUACGAUUCUUUGCCGUUCCUGGAGACCACAUCGAAUCGUGCAUACACACCACUAAAAGGUAGCGAACAGAACAUAACUGUCGUCGCUGGCGACUGCUCCACAGAUGGUGAUGCCCCCGAAGUUUGGACUUUUAUUCCAGCUACCCAUGGCAAGAACGGCAAUGGAACAUGGUUACAAAGUACGCCUGCAGCGGCAGCAAAGAACAAGGUUCACGGGCCCGACUUUCUGAGCUCAGGCAUUGCUUUCUCAGAUCUCGCCAAAGGCAAUGCUUCGACAACAAGUUUAUAUGUGUUUGGAGGAAUGUGUCCGCUACCCAACGCUACCGAUGAUACCUGGAUGUCUGCAGCAAACUACACCAACCAGAUGAUGACAUUUUCUCCAGAACUAGACAGCUCGAAGCAGGUAGCCUAUACUUCAGCAUUCUUAUCGAGCAAAGGCCCACCUGUCGCUGAGGCUGGCUUCAGUAUGACUCCUUUGAGCCCUGCUUUCUCUGAUAAUUCGAGCAGCACUCAAAGCGCACGACAAAGCUUUGUGUUGGUAGGAGGUCAUACUGGAGCCGCCUUUAUCAACAUGUCCUCGGUAGCACUGUUCUCCCUGCCCGAAGAGACCUGGACUUACCAACCCGUGGAUCAACCCUCGGCAGGGACCGUCACUUCUGUUGAACCAAGAUCAGGCCAUACAGCAGUUUUGACCGAAGAUGGAAAGAGCUUGGUUGUGUUCGGUGGAUGGGUUGGAGAUGUCACAAAUGCCGCUUCACCUCAGUUGGCGGUUUUAGAACUUGGUUCGGGCUACGGAGGUGAUGGAGAUUGGGAGUGGUCAGUACCUUCUCAAGCAUCUUCUGGCCUGGCUGGAGCAGGUAUCUACGGACACGGCGCAGCGAUGCUUCCUGGUGGAGUCAUGAUGAUCAUGGGCGGUUACAAUAUUCCUACGACAUCUUCGAAGCGUUUCCGUUUCCGUUUCCUACGUCGCUCAACGUCUACGUCAAACUCGCAAACUCUCUUCUACAAUGUCACUUCGAAAUCCUGGAUACAAUCUUACGACCCGCCCCCAGAAGUCACAUCAGGCAGUGGCGCAUCAGCAGAAGACCAAAGAAAAGGAGCACUUACUACAACAUCUCAAAAAGCCGGUCUUGGUGUCGGUUUGGCAAUCGGUGGAGUGGUCGUCAUCCUCCUCAUCGUCUUCUACUUCUGGUACAAACGCCAUCUGAAACGAAGACGCGAAGCCCGUGAGAGCGAUAGAGAGCGACUCAGCACCUCCUACGAGCCUUGCCAUGGUGAUUAUGCCUCUGGUGGCAACUGGCAAGAGAAGGAUGAGGACAUGCAUGACGGCUUCACAACAUGGACACCUCAUGGUGUGGAGAACAGCCCUGCACAGAUCAAAGAAGGCAACCGCGAGGUCGAGAGAUCUGGAUUGUCGAUCAAUGCUCCGAGCCCAACCAGAGGUCUCCGAAAGAACGGGCUGACCCGCAGCCAGUACCAGUACCACGCUGCUCCUCGCUACGAUGAUGGUAGAAUCAGCAGAACGAGCGGCCACAUCCAUCCGAUCCAGGAGAGAGACGAAGAAGAGGAAAGAUUGUCAUCGAGACAUAGCAAUCGUUCAUUCAGAGGUCUUGGAAAUAUGAUCGGCUUGAAGAGCAGCGAGCAAGAUCCAUUCAAAGAUCCUCUUCCUAAUCCUCUCCGUAGUCAUCCCGUCACUCCGGAGAUCGGUUCCACAGCAGAAGGUUCUCAGGAACGCACAAUCUCUCCCUACCCUGCCAGCAGGUCCAGCUCUCCCGACAAGAUCGAUGAGAGAACUUCGUCUGGGUUGAGCGAGAACUCUGAUCGUUCUGGGCUCUCGAGUAAUGGUCGCUCUGUUGCUAGAACAUCUUCAACUCGCUCAGGUCUCUUCUUUGGUUUGUCAGGUCAUCCGUCCAUCACACCUUCCCAAGCCCCAAGCGCAUCCAUCGUGUCACGUAGUCUGUCUCCUGCAUACUGGGAAAACAAACCCAAACAGACAAACAGCCUGCACCCACCUAGCUUGCGUCCCGGAUUGGAAAGAGCACCUGACUCUUCCUCGACACAAUGCACUACCUUUGGUCAAUUGAUUGCACAAAGCGAAGCUCUCCUUGGAACCGCUCCAGAAGCCCAGGUCACUGCGCCGCUCAAUUACAAGGUGCGGCGCACUUCGGCAGAGAUUAUCGCAGCUGCCGUUGGCAAAACGCCUCCUCUUCCACCUCGCCGUCGUGGCUGGAUGGGCAGUAUCCGUCAAGUAUUCAGCGGUGACCGCAGCAUGAGUGCCUCGCAUGCUUCAAGACGUGCUGACGCCCCUGCGGUUCCACUCCCAACUCAGCAAUACCGCGAUCGCAGUAACAGCCCCGUCAAGAGUCACGCUCGCACUGGCUCUUCCAUGUCAACAUCAGCUCCCCGCCGUGCCGCUAGCGACAGUUCCCAGUUCCUCGGCACCAGACGCGGCAAACGCGACUGGGAAGGCAACGAGAGCGAUCCGCGCUGGCAACCCUACCGCGACGACCCAGACACAGGCGACUGGGGCGAUGUUCCCGAAGACCCAGCAUCGAAAGCAGAAGCCGAAAAACAAACACCGGAAGACGAACGCGAAGACUGGGACAUUGAAGAGGCAGCCGCUAACCGUGAUGUCCAAGUCAUGUUUACAGUUCCCAAAGCUCGUCUACGCGUCGUCAAUGCCGAUGUGGACAAAGCAAGUUUGAGAAGUAUCAGCGAUGGUGCUAAGAGCAUUCGUGCCAAACAACUUCUCAAAGAAAAAGAAAAGGAGGAAAAUAAAAAUGAGGAGACUGAAGCUGGUGCACAGCGCAAACCAUCGAAUUACGGCCUUCAGAUCCAAGAUUGGGAACGAGAAGCUUUGGAGAAAAGAGAUGCUGAAGAGGCAGAGACGAGCAAGAAGAAUUGA